UCUUUCCUCCCCAGCAGGAGGCGGGGAGGUGAGAAGGCUCAAGCUGCAGCCCUCCUCCCUACGCCAACAAGCUCAAUCCCCGCGGCGGCCGUGGUGACGUCUGCGGGGGGCGGGCCCCACGCCCUCGCUCUCAGGUUUUUGGCCCGCCCCGCCGCGACUGGGGAAGAGGAACGCACGUCACGCCGGCUAUAAAAGGCAGGGCUUGCGACGCAAGAGCGCUUCGGCGCGCGCGGAUUGGGUCUCCCGAGGCCGGCGCUGGGUAGAGCUCGGAGCCCCGCCGCAGCCGCAGCUCCGCGACGAUCACUACAGCUCCCUCCUCAGCAGCCGACGCCACCGCCGCCUGUACCACGGAACCGGCUGUAUGAUUAGGCCACAGUCUUUAAUGAGUAAACUAAGUCCUUCCCGUGGUGGUCUUGGUCACGCAUUUAUGGAGUUUCUGAAGGGCCCCGGAGAGUACCGCCAGGCGCAGCACGACCUUUAUGAGGACAAGUGAACUGUAGAAAUUCGUUGCUACUCCACCAAGAAGCCCCCAUAGGCGCGGUCAUCCUGGACACAGAAGUGUGGGAUUGAAAUCAUCAGAGCAUUUAACAGAAAUUACGACCUGGAUGGGGUAAACCUCGGUGCUCUUCCUUUCCAUUGACUCAGUAUUAUGAACUGAAGGAUGGCUUCUUGUUAGGAGGUUCAUUUCAUUUCCUGUUACUCCCAAUUGCAUAUCCAGAGCAUUGAGAAUUUCGAGUGGGGCAUAUUGGAGUAGACUUCUGUUUCUUUACAUCAUUUCUGCAUUCAAAAAUUUAAUUUUUUUUCGUAACCGUAUCGAGUUUUUUUUGUGUGUGGUUUUUUUUUUUUAAAACUAAAAUAACAUGGCUCCACUGAACCGCCCAGCCCCUGUGGAGGUCACAUACAGGAACAUGAGAUUUCUUAUUACACACAAUCCAACCAGUGCAACCUUAAACAAAUUUAUAGAGGACCUUAAGAAAUACGGAGUUACCACAACAGUAAGAGUAUGUGAAGCAACUUACGACACUGCUCUUGUGGAGAAAGAAGGUAUCCAGGUUCUGGAUUGGCCCUUUGAUGAUGGUUCAUCACCCUUUAACCAGAUUGUUGGUGACUCGUUAAGUCUUUUAAACAUUAAAUUUCGUGAAGAACCUGGUUGUUGGAUUGCUGUUCACUGUGUUGCAGGUCUUGGGAGAACCCCAGUGCUUGUUGCCCUGGCACUAAUUGAAGGUGGAAUGAAAAAUAAAGAUGCAGUACAGUUUAUAAGACAAAAGCGGCGUGGAGCUUUUAACAGCAAGCAACUUUUGUGUUUGGAGAAACACCGUUCUAAAAUGCGGCUGCGCUUCAAAGACUCUAAUGGUCAUAGAAACAACUGUUGCAUUCAAUAAAACUUGGCUGCCUGCCUCAUGCUGUUGCCUUGGAAGUCAAACUUGAGACAGGACUUAAUUUAUCGUACAUAUUAGCCAACAUAAUAGGCUUAAUGAAUGACAAGUCUAAUGAAGCUUCCAUAGGAAUACUGAAAAGCCACAAGCUUGACAGAAUUGCAGCCUCUCUGUUUGGCUUACUACUAUCCCCAUGCCAGAAACAAUAUAUAAGAAAUUGAGAGAUUAGGUGCCAAAAUACUCAGCACAAUACUUGUAUAUUUUUAGUAUCAUAAAGAAUUAAAAUCCUAGGAAUUAGGAACAGCACUGUAAACCAUAUGUGGUUUAUUCCUCCAGUCAUCUCAAACAUUGCAAGUAAGACCUAUAUGGUUAUUUGUCUGCUCCUUUAUGUUUACCACCCCACACGUGUACCAGUAUGCAUCAGGUUUGUAUAACAAAUGAUUUUGUUGAAUUCUUACCAAGACUUAUGGUGAUUAUUUAAUGUCUUUCUAUAAAUCUCAUUUUGUGCUGUUUUGAAAACCUCCAGUUUGAAAAAGAUCACACCUCUGGUUGAAAGUUCAUGUAAAAUAUACACCAUAGAGAAGCAUAUGUGUGUAAUACCUUCAGACAAAAAAGCCUUACAGUUACUUUGUUUACACUUGGGAUCCAGUUUUAGAGGGGAGGGCCUGAAGACAGAAUGGAAAGAGGCUAUGGAAUAUUUUUAGGAUUCCAUACUAGAAAUUCCAUGUUCUCUUUGUCUUGUGCAGGAUGUAUAGAACAGGUCCUUUUAUUUAGUAAACUUUAAAGGUAAAGAUACUUUGUAGCAAAAACAUUUCAAAAAUUUCUGAAGUUCUUAUAAUUCUUCGCCAUACCUAUUGGAAGUUACUAUUAUUUUUGUUUUAAGUGUGAUAUUUUUUUCUUUGUCUUUCCAACCGAAACAGAAGAGGAUUUCUAUUAAUGAACUGAUCAGACAUCUAAUAUUUUAUAUAAUUUUGAACUGUGUAACAAUAUUUGGAUAUUUGAUACUUUGUUUUAUUAUGUAAUUGAUAAAAUGGUGGUAUGUAUUUGUGUUAGUUCAACCAUAUAUUCAUAGUGUCUGGAAAUGUAGUUCUCUGGGAGAAAUAAUUUGUCAGUAUUCACCAUUCUCCAACUAGUACAAGAACUUAAACAUCUAAAUAAGGAAUUAUAGGAGAGAGACAGAGACAAACUAAGCAAGAUGGUAUAGCUUUGUUAAUAUUAGUAAAAGUAUAAGCAAAGGUGUUACUAGAGAUAAAGAAAAUCAUUACUUAAAGUUUCAAAAGUUUCAAUUCACCAGGAAGUUAUAACAAUUCGAAAUUUUAUGUAUCAAAUAACAUUGGUUCAAAAUCCAUAAAGCAAAUAUGGAAAGAACUACAAGGAAAAUUGACAAGUUUACCAUAGUGAUAAGUUUUACUAUUUUUCUUCCAGAAACAGAUCAAGUAGACAAAAAUCAGUAAGGCUAUAGAUUUGAACAGAACAAUUAACAAGUUUGAUCCCAUGAACGUAAGAAGGCAUUGCAUCCAACAGUGAGAAUCCAUAUUUUUUAAGAGUACAUGAAAUAUUUUAUUAAAUUUGACUAUAUAUUAGAUCAUAAAUAAUUUCAUCAAAAUUCUAAAAUAUUUGAAUAACACAUAGUGAGUUUUCUGACUACAAUUCAAUUAAGUUAGGGAAAAAAAGUAGUAUCAUUUGGAAUUUUGAAAAUCUGUGUCUAGAGACUUCCACUUCUAGAUAGGAUGUAGUAGGUCAUGGCAGCCCAACACCCUCCCUGCAACAUCCAGAAAAAUAUGGAUAAAUUACAAAAAUCAUAUGUUUAAAGACAUAUGGGAGCUGUGAAAGCAGCAAAGACUAGAUGAAUAGGAAUUCCAGAGAGGAAGGAGCUCUCCUGAGGUGAGUGGCCAUUUUGUUUCCUGCGGGUAUUUACCGAUUCUGGACAUAGACUAAGGAAGGAUCUGUCUUUGUUCUUACAGAGGGUCUCCACUGAGGGAAAGAGAAACCCAGCAAGGCUUUAGAUGGUCAUGUGAGGCUGGUGCAACAGAUUGGAAAAUUGAGAAGCUUGGCUUGUUUCAUGUUGCAAGUUGAGUUCCUCAGGAAACAGGUACUGAAUCUGAGAUUUGCCUCUGGAAGCUUACUGGGGAGUCAUCUCAACAACACUUGAGAGGGAGCAAGAGAACCAGGAUGCUGCAGAAGUUGAAUGGUGAUACAUACAGUUUCAACAGUGACCUUAGCCAAUCUCCCAGGGAGCUCUGAAGCUGGGAUGGCCAUGUAGAGAUGUCUGCAAUUGUGGCAAGGGGGUUGGACCUUUGGACUCGAAUCAACCAGUCAUUGGAUGCAGGCUGUCCCUGGGGAUAAGGGCAUAACCUUGGAUGAAGCAUCUUCCUUCAGUCAACUGCAACUCCCAGCGGGGGAUGCAACUGUGAGCCUUCAGCUGAUAAUACUCCUGGCAGCUGGCCCUGAGUAAGUGUUUCAGACCUUUAGAGGGAUCUGGGUGGUACAAACACAGCAUCCACUAUACUAAAUGACACUUGCUGAGUUCUGGGACUAUGUAUGAGAGGCUGGGGAGUUAGAAUGAAGACUUUUAAAAGACAGAGGGAAAUUUCCCUUAACCUCAUAGUGCUUAGGAGACAAAGCCCUGCUAGAAGAGGUUUUAAUUCUCUCCAACACUUACUGUCUGUCUUUUUUAUUACAGCGAUUCUGGUGAGCGGGAAGUGUUAUCCCAGUGUAGUUUUAAUUUUAAUACAACUAAUGUUGUUAAACAUCUUUUAGUGUACAUUCUCUCACAUAUCUUUGUUAGUACUAUGUCGAUUCAAAUAUUUUGCCCAUUUUUUCAGUUGGGUUUUUUUGUCAUCCUACUGAGUUGUAAAAGUUCUUUACAUAUUCUGGAUCCAAUGCCUUUAUCAGAUAUAUAAUUUGCAAAUACUUUCUCCCAGUCUGUUACUUGUCAUUUUUUUCCUUAUUGGUGUGUUUCAAAGUGCAAAAGUUAAAAAAUUUGGUGAAGUACAAUUUAUCAAUUUUCUCUUUUAUGAAUCACGCUUUUAAAUUGUAUCUAAGAACUCUCCUCAAUCAGUCACAAAGAUUUUUCUGCUAUAUUUUCUUCUAGAAAUUGUAUAGUUUUAGCUCUUACAUUUAGAUCUGUGGUCCAUUUUGAGUUAAUUUUUGUAUAUGGUGUGAGGUAAAUGUCUAUAUAUAUAUAUAUAUAUAUUUUUUUUUUUGGCAUGUGGAUAUCCAGUUGUCCCAGCAUCAUUUGUUCAAAAGACAAUUCUUUCCUCCAUUGAAUUAUCGUGGUAGUUGAAAGAUCAAUUUACCAUGAAUAUAAGGACUUAUUUGUGAAUUCUCAACUCUGUUCCAUUGAUCUAUAUGAGCACACUAUCUUGAUCACUGUAGCUUUAUAGUAAGCUUUGAAAUUGGAUCAUGUACUUCAUUCUUUUUCAAAAAUUUUGGCUAUUCUAAGUGCCUUGCAUUUCCAUAUACGUUUUAGGAUCAUCCUGUCAAUUUCUACAAAACAAACAAAAAAAAGCCUGCAGGGAUUUUGAUAGGUAUAGUGUUGAAUUUAUAGAUAAUUUGGAGAGAACUGCCGCCUUGACAAUAUUGAGUCUUCAAUUCCAUGAACAUGGAACAUUUCUCCAUGUGUUUAAAUCUUUAAUUUCUAUCAUCAAUGAUUUGCAGUUUUCAUUGUACAAGACUUGCACCUCUUGAAUUGCUUGAGUAUUUUUUCUUUUUGAUGCUAUUGUGAAUGGAAUGUUUUCUUAAUUUUAUUUCUAGAUUGUUUGCUGCUAGUCUAUAGAAAUACAAUUGAUUUUUGUAUAUUGACCUUGCUUUCUAUGACCUUUCUAAACUCAUUUGUUAGGAGAGAGAGAAAGAGAGAUAGGGAGGGAGGGUGAGAGCGAGAGCAAUGCAAGUGCUAUUCUAUUCUUUGGCAUUUUCUGCUUAUAGGAUUAUGUCAUCUGUGAAUAAAGGCAGUUUUACUCUUGUUUUUCCCCCCA